AUGGCUAACCAACGUCGUAUAAACCCAGUCUCAAAACUCUGCGAAGAUGAGAGCCAAGUGGAGAAAGAAGCGCGUUCGACGGCUGAAGCUAAACAACUCGACCACUCCGUCUCAGCUCUCCCCCCUCCCGCCAACACAUCACAUAAUCCCUCGAACUGA